CAGGCCGCAGGUGCGGGGUGCGGGCCGGCGGGCCGGAAGUGGCGCGGCUCCGUCCGCGUCCGCUGCCCCGGCGGAAACGCGAGCGCCGGGAGACGCGUUCCGGGGCGCACCGGGGGCGCAGGCGGCGGAAUGGAGGCCGGGUCCGAGGACGCGGCCCCGAGCCGCCGCCCGACGCUGGCGUCCUCCUGGGACGUCACCCGCGGGUCCCUGGCCCGGAGCCUCCGCCUCAGGCGGGCCGGCGUGGACGACGGGGACCCGGGCUGCGACGAGCUGCUGGCGCCGCCGGCCCCGGGCCAGGACGUGGUGGUGCUGCAGCGGGGCGCGCGCGGCGCCGAGGAGCAGCCCUGCUUCCUGUACGUGCGCUGCCCGCGCGAGGCCGGCGAGGAGCUGCUGGCCGUGGGCGUGCUGAGCUCGGCCCGCAACAUGGAGGUGUACCAGGGCCAGGAGUACUGCGGCACCGGCCGGGGCCGGCCCGCCGCCGUGCACAGUGAAGAUGAAAUUGUCUUCUACAAAAAAUAUUUAAAAUUGGAGCCCUCCACUGAUGCUUGUAAAAUAAAGCUGCUCUCAUUCGGGGACAGGCCCUGCGUGUGCAUCAGCACUGUUGGGGUCCACCUGAGGCGGGUGGUCCCCGCGGCCUCCCCGGGCGCCCCAACGCUGGGCUCCAGGAUCGACCUGGCGCGCGUGCAGACCCUCAUGGCCACCAUGGGCUCCAAGCUGUCGCCCGGCGCGCAGCAGCUGAUGAACAUGGUGAAGCUCCAGCAGCAGAACUGUGUGCCCCUCGGAGAGCAGCUGCGGGCCGUCCUGGGGAACGCGGCCCCCGACCAGCGCGCCCCCGACCCGCAGCCCGGCCCGGCCCCGGGCGCGCCCGAGAAGGCGUCGUGCACGCCGUUCCCCUUCAGAGCCGGGCUGGCCUCCGCGCACGCCGCCGAGGAGCCGCCCGCGCCCCCCGGCUCGGAGCCGGCCCUGCUGGAGGCCACCCUGAGAAGGGCCGUGUCCUCCCUCGCACCCAAGACCGCCGGCGUCCACUGCAACGGGCCCGGCCCCGACCUGCUGCCCUUCCUGCAGGACCUGUGCAGCCAAGUCAGCCGCCUGCGCGCGGGGCCCGAGCCCGAGUGGCCGGAGCCGCUGCCCAGGGCACGGGACGGCCUCGCCGGGCUGAUGCCCGAGGAGCCGCCCGUGUGCGCGCAGCUGGAGAGGAUCCUGGGCCGGAGCCUGGGGCUGCUGGAGCAGCAGCUGCGCGCCUACAUCGACGAGCGGGUCCUGCGGCUGCAGCAGCACCUGGACGACAAGCUGGCCACGCUGCUGGCCGCGCUGCGCUGCCCCGCCUGCCCGCCCGCGCCCGCCGCGCCGCUCCCGCGCUGGGACUCGGGGGAGAAACUGUCCAACGGGGAGAGAUGAGUGCCCGCCGCGGCCCACCAUGGCUGCCCGGCCGUGUUCCUGCCGCCGCCCUCGGUGGACGCCGGUGUCCCGUGGCCCCGGGGCCCCCCUCUCCCGGAGCCGCCUCGGGGUUGAGCUGUGCUCGUUACUGCAGCCCAGCGCGGUACGUGAGGGCCACACGUCGCACCACGGACGAUUUGUUAGUGAGGUUUUUCACUUUUAUAAAGAAUUUACAUACACGUCUAUGUUUACAGUUUUCGAGGGUUUCUGAUGAAAUUUAUUUGUAUUGCAUGUGUGUUUGAAGUACUGUUCUAAUUUAUACAAAGCCUUUAUAGUUUGAGAGGUAUAAAUAUACUGAGAGUAUUUGCUAUUUUUGUAAGUGAUCUUUGAAAACUAGUACUUAAGACUUGGUAGCUUUAACUUCAGGUCACUAACUUAGAUUUUAUUUUCGAUUGAACAGCCGUAGAUCUGGGGCUUGAGAGACCACCCACAGGGUGGGCGCGCGCGUGCUGGCCUGCUGGAGCCGGGGCCUCCCCAGCUACUUUCGCCCCAGUCUCUUCGGGAACGACCCCAGACACCAAGCCCGAUGCGGCCCCUGAGCACUGCCGGGUGUGGCCCCCAAACAGAAACAGAGGGAAGUUAGAUCUGACGUUUGGCAUGUGCAGACGCUUUUGACCUUGCAGGUUGGAGCUGUUGUGCGUUCUGAUGGGGACGUGAGCAGCAGGCCUGGCCUGGUCUCUGUUCGGUUGAUCGUCUUAUAUUUAGUGUUCGAUGUGAAAGACGGUGAGUGAUGUCACUGUGUGUGACUCCGCCCAGGAAGACCGUGGCCUGGCCGCUGCAGGCCCACCCAGGCUCUUGGCAGAACCUUCUCCAGGGUGCGGGGAAGGUGAGGUGCUGAGGCUCCCGGACGCUGAGUCGUGGGGAGUCCGGAGCUUGUGGGGCCGAGUCUUCCAGAAGCCCUUGUGUUUGUGGUGAAGGGCAGGAUGUUUGCAUUCAGAGAGUCAAAGCUCAGGAGCCGCAGUCUGGAGAUGUCUGCCUUGCAUGUGGCUGACCCAGUUUGACCCCUGACCCCCCGUGUGGUCCCCUGAGCCCCGCUGGAGGUGAUCCCUGAGUGCAGAGCCAGGAGUAAGCCCGGAGCACUGCCGGGUAUGGCCCCAAACCAAAUAAACAAAAACAAAUAAAAGUCUUGGUUCUCGAAA